AUGAAACUAUAUUGAUAUUUUUCAUUUUAUUUCACUAAAUGACCCCAAUACACUCGUCCAACGUGAAAGAUGAUGAUUUAACGCUAUGGAUGAGAGGACCUUUUUCCUCUCAUCCAAGUCCCAACGAAAGUGAAACUAAAUGUUUACGUUGCCUUGGUGCCCACGUUUUAAAAAAACGAUGCAAGACGACCUUGAAUUCCUGUCUUGAGCCUUACAUUUGGCAUUCUUUUGUUGAAGAUCAUGUCUCGUCGAGGACCAAAUAUGUCUAAAGUAGCCUUCUGAUAACGUGAUGGUGCCUACUUCCUCAAACUAGAGGCAAAUAGUGAUGUCCUACAACAGGAAUACGAGCAGAAACAGAAUCGCAGCUCGUCUGGACAACAUUCCUUACUCAGACUAUCACGGUAUUAACAACCCUGCGAGCCUCUGCUACCUGACAAGCGUGCUGCAUGUCCUAUCCAUGACCCCUCGGUUCCCAGAGGCAGUGAAAAGGGGAUCAGCUACACAUUCACUCUACUUAGACCCUAACUUGGAUAAGCUGUUUUCGGAUUUGGAGAAGUGUACGGCUGACAUAAAUGACAUUGCAAUGGCCUUGGGGAUCACAGAGGCAGAUAUUUACGAACAGCGAGACGCUGCCGAGUACUUCCAGAAGAUUCUGUGUGGAACCAGCCCUGAGGCUUCCGAGAUGUUUCAGGGGACGCUGAAGCGUUGCAUCAAAUGCCACGGGUGUAGGACCAAGAACAAGACGGACGACCCGUUCUGGUCUCUCCCGAUCUCAGUCGGACCGGGCCUCCGUCUGUACUCAGCGAACAACCUGGAAAUGGCUUUUGAAGAUGUUUUCACGCCAACCACCCUGACCGGGGACAACACGAUUUACUGCGACCGCUGCCAAGCACGAGAAGAUGCAACCAUUGUGUGCAGUUGGCAGCACCCGCCUCAGAUCCUCACUCUGCAGCUGAAGAGGUUCCAGUUGGACUACCUGCGGAAUCGCUACGAGAAGAUCACCUGUUGUAUCGACGUGCCUCAAAAGCUACACAUAAAGGGAUGUGACUACGAGCUCUAUGCUCGCAUCAACCACUACGGAAGUCUGACAUGCGGCCAUUACACGGCGACCAUCAAGUCCUACGAGACCGGUGGCUGGUAUGACUUUGACGACGCUCGCGUCCGAUUGCUCCGCCCACAGCCCUGUCAGCAAGGAGAAACCGCUAAGUCCUCCUCAGCAUACCUACUGAUGUACAGAAGAGCUCCACGCCCCCCAGCUGCUGCAGGCAGGGCCCAUGCUGAGUGUGUGGACGAGCGUGUUGCCGUGACUUCGACUGGAUGCCUGGCACGACCCUCUGACUACGCCUAACCACCUUAACUCCCUAACAGAUAAACCGGCCAGCACCCCAUCACAAUAGACAUAAGCUAUAUCCACUUUUAUUGACCCCUAACCCUUGAUUAUUUCAACAGUUUUAACUGUAUGUAUGGUGGCAGUCGACAGGGAGGGGGGAGGGGUAUUUAUUUUGAAGGGAGAUAUCUUGCAGCCUGCUGGCUCCACCCACAAGCCUUAUAUGGAGUUCCUUCCUUAACGAGGUCAGCCUGAGGAUCAUUAAGCAGAGAGAGAGAGAGAGAGAGAGA